UAUAGAUGAACUUUAAAUACCUGUCCUUAAACUUUAGAUAUGUCGGUUAAUUUUCCAUUCAAUAACAUUAACGGUAAAUGUAAAUAAAAGUGUUUAUUCAACAAAAAUAUCGACACGAAUGGGGUUUCCCCGUUUUCUGCCGAACACACUUCCGGUAUUUACGUAGUUGUUUACAUUCGCUACGAAGAUGGCAGAUGGGAGUGUUUAGGUCUAACGCAUCAAGAAAUCGUAUAUGAUGUCUCUUCCGCCAAAUUUUAACGUAGUCGGAUGUGAUAGCGAUUUAGCAAGUGAGAUAGACGAUGAUUUUAGCCAUUUCUUUCCGUGUACAAGUCGGGUAAACAGUGGUACAGCUGAAGAGGUGAGUUCUGUCUCCGGUAAUCAGGAUGAAGAUGUUGAUUUUGACUAUGACAUCGAGAGUGAUAAUGAUGAUGAUGAUGUGAGUAACGGCAUUAGCGUUAUUAAUUCGCCGAUUCUGCAUACUCGGAUGAGAGUUUUUAUCAGAAAUGACGUUGAAAGGGACACAGAAAAUGAUUCUGAUCAAGACACACUACGUAGUGAUGACAACGAGGUUGAUGAUGAUGAUGAUGAUGAUGACGAAAAUAACUCGGACGAACGUGACGCACAGCGUAAAUGUAAGAAGGGGUGUCUGUCCAAAUUUCCCAAUAUGGAUAUCAAAGAUAACAGAUUGAAUGUGCAGGGAAUGGAGAGAGAUGGCAGGGACAUGUUAAUUAUUGGACAGCUCCAGGCAUGUGGCAUGACAAGGGGAAUACAUGGUCAAACUAACGUCAAACGGCAUCGCUUUGACUACCAAUUCCAGAACACAAGUGUUUGCAAGGCUUGUUUCCUUUAUGUUAAUAACAUAAAUGCACAUUACUUGAAAAACAUCAGGGCCCAUUUCGUCAAGAAUGGUGCUGUUCCACGGAUACAUGGAAAUACAGGGAAAAAAACCAAAAAUGCAGUGACCUAUGAUAAUGUUCAACAAGUUGUCCAGUUUAUUUCAAGGUAUGCAGAUGAGAUGGGAUUGCCCCAACCUGCUGCACCACGUGGACGGGACAGCUUUCCACCAAUAUAUUUACCUGGAAGUGAAACCUAUCUAUCUGUCCAUAAGAAAUACAGCCAAGUAUGUAUUGAAACAGAAAACCGAUGCCUAUCUGAGACCACUUUCAGAAGAAUAUGGCACCAGUGUCUCCCACACAUCCAGUUCAUGUCCUGCAAGACAGAUGUAUGUCACAAAUGUGAAUCCUUUAGGAAUCAGAUACAGAAGGUAAGAACCUAAUCAAAACAAGUCUAAUUUAAUAUCCAUG